AACUGGGGCCGGCACUGGGGCAGGGAUGCUGCCCUGGACUCCGCCCCCCGAGGAGCUGAGCGUUCCAGGGGGUCUCCUCCCAGGGGGCUGCCCUCUCCCAGGGAGCCGGUGCCAGCAGCCGCCAUGGCGUCACGCAUUGGGCUGCGCAUGCAGCUCAUGCGGGAGCAGGCGCAGCAGGAGGAGCAGCGGGAGCGCAUGCAGCAGCAGGCCGUCAUGCAUUACAUGCAGCAGCAGCAGCAGCAGCAGCAGCAGCAGCUGGGGGGGCCACCCACCCCGGCCAUCAACACCCCCGUCCACUUCCAGUCUCCACCACCAGUGCCUGGGGAAGUGCUGAAGGUGCAGUCCUACCUGGAGAACCCCACCUCCUACCACCUGCAGCAGUCCCGGGACCAGAAGGUGCGGGAGUACCUGUCUGAGACCUACGGAAACAAGUUUGCUGCCCACAUUAGCCCAGCCCAGGCUCCCCAAAGCCCCCUCCUGCUGCCUCCCCGGGGGUGCGGGCUGGACAUGUGGUGUCUUCCUCGGCCGGCAAUAGUGCUCCACAGCCCCAUGGCCAUGCUGCACAUCGGCUCCAACACUGAGAGGGAGUUUGAUGAUGUCAUUGACAACAUUAUGCGUCUGGAUGAUGUCCUGGGCUACAUCAAUCCUGAAAUUCAGAUGCCCAACACGCUGCCCCUGUCCAGUAGCCACCUGAACGUGUACAGCGGCGACCCCCAGGUCACAGCCUCCCUGGUGGGUGUCACCAGCAGCUCCUGCCCCGCCGACCUGACCCAGAAGCGAGAGCUCACAGAUGCUGAGAGUCGGGCCCUGGCCAAGGAGAGGCAGAAGAAAGACAAUCACAACCUAAUUGAAAGGAGAAGGAGGUUCAACAUCAAUGACCGCAUCAAGGAGCUGGGAAUGCUGAUCCCCAAAGCCAAUGACCUGGACGUUCGCUGGAACAAGGGCACCAUCCUCAAGGCCUCAGUUGAUUACAUCCGGAGGAUGCAGAGGGACCUGCAGAAGUCCAGGGAGCUCGAGAACCACUCUCGGCGCCUGGAGAUGACCAACAAGCAGCUCUUGCUCCGCAUCCAGGAGCUGGAGAUGCAAGCUCGAGUGCACGGCCUCCCGACCACCUCCCCAUCAGGCGUGAACAUGGCUGAGCUGACGCAGCAGGUGGUGAAGCAAGAGCUGCCCAGCGACGAGGGCCCAGGGGAGGCGCUGCUGCUGGGGGCCGAGGUCCCUGACCCUGAGCCGCUCCAGGCUCUGCCCCCCCAGGCCCCACCGCCCCCGCCGGCCCAGCUGCCCCAGCAGCAGUCCCCAUUCCACCCCCUGGACUUCAGCCACAGCUUGAGCUUUGGGGGCGGGGGCAACGAGGGGCCCCCGGGCUACUCUGAGGCCCUGGGGCCUGAGCAUGGAUCCCCAUUCCCUGGCCUGUCCAAGAAGGAUCUGGACCUCAUGCUCCUGGACGACUCACUGCUACCACUGGCCUCCGACCCUCUCUUCUCUACCAUGUCACCCGAGGCCUCUAAGGCCAGCAGCCGCAGGAGCAGCUUCAGCAUGGAGGAGGGCGAUGUGCUGUGACCCUGGCUGCCCCCGUACUGGGGAACAGGGGCAAGCCUGGGGGCUGGGAGGGCCAGGGCCACCUCCCUCCCUCCCUUCAGGCUGCACUUGUGUGUGAAGUAGCCACCUGCCCUGCCUCACUCCCCAUUGGCUCCCUGUUUGGACUUAGUGCCUGCCUGGCAGCCUGUGGGGUCAGGAGAAACCCCCCACCCGACUCAGUGCCUCCCAAAGGCAGCCCCCUGGGAGGGGCUGGGCAGGGACAGGCCUUUGACCCAGUUCCUGGAGGCAAAAUCAGGAGGGGAAGGGAGGAGACAGGAUGUGCUAGAGGUAGGAAGGUCCUGGGGGUCCUGUCAUCUGAGCCUGAUACCCACCUCCCCUAACCAAUGAAGGAGGAUGCGCUGGAGCACGGGGUUCAGGAAGCUUCUUUUUUGAGGCAGCGACUGGUCUGGAGGUGCCCAGGCCUGCCUUUCUGGGACUCAGAUUGCAAUACGCCGGUCCCCAGCCUGGUACUCUCCCCUCACACAGGUGGGGCAUCCCACCCCCCUUUGGUGCUAACAGUUCUCCACCAGGUGGUGUGAGGGUGGGGGUGGCCGGUGAGAGGAGGGGCUGGGCUCGGGUUAGAAUGGGGUCACUGCCGGAAGAGCAGCUCCCCUCCAGGCUUCCCACUUUGUGCCUUUAGUAAACACUGUGCUUUGUACCGGCUUGUCCUGUCUCUUUGGAGUGGGUUUAGGGUUGACAGAGAACAGGGGAGGAUUCGACUCGGUGGGCUCCUCUCUGGAUUCUGAGUUUGAAUGUCCCCUGAUGGAGGCCAGGGUGGGGGGAUACAGAGAGGAGGGGGCAAGCUCAUCACUCGGUUCCCCCCAAUACCCCAGCCCCUGCCCUAUGAGAAGAUGGAGAGGUAGCCUUGCUGUAAGUUACUGCAAGGGUUGUGUGGUGUUGGGGUUGUUGUCCCUCCCUAUGGCCACAAGAUGGCGCUGCAGCCAUGCCAGUCCCACACAUUCUGCUGUGGCCUGAGACCCUGAGGCAGGAAGUUGCUUAUAAGCUGUCCCCAGCUGCUUUUCUUUAGCUGGCACCCCCUUCCUUGGCCCAGGCUAUACUGGCUCGAGGUGGAUGCUUCUACUGUUCCCCACCUCCAGUUCUGGUGGUGACCACUCCAGAUUCUUUCCCUCACUAGGUGGACUGAGACCCCAGCUGGAGGUCUAGAGCUCGUGUUCUGUGAGGCAAGGCCAGCUCCUCUCCUCGCUCACUGAUGGUGUUUCUAGCAAAAUGGGCUUCCUAGUAACUGAGGGGCUGUGUCCUUUGGAUCUGGACCCAAAGGUAUGGAUAAAGGAGGAAAGACAGGGACUAAUUUGGGAAGAGUCAAGUACACAGCUUCUCCUCCCUGCUCCGAUGCUGUCAGGCAAAUCCUUCCUCUCUCUGGGCCUCAGUCUCCCCACCACACAAAGUUCCCAUAGUAGUUCCUUUGGCUCCAAAGUGCUGGGACUUUAUGAUCUCACCCAGGAUGUGGAGAUGGGCUUGGGGCAUCUGCAUGAGCCAGGUAUCUGGAGGGAGGGAAAACCAGGUGCUGUGGAGUCAAUGCCAACUCAUGUGUAUCAGAGUAGAACCGUGCUCCAUAUGGUUUUCAGUGGCUGGUUUUUUGGAAGUAGAUCAUGAGGCCUUUCUUCCAAGCCACCUCUGGGUGGACUUGAACCUCCAACAUUUCCUUUAGGAGCUAAGAGCUGUUGGUGGGAGGGUCCCUCCCCCCCCCCCCCUUCUCCAGUUCCUUGGGGUCUUCCACAGUCUUCAGGCAGAGACCAAAAUGGCUUCCCCACCUCGCAGGGUUCCUGGAGGCAGAGGGGGUUUAAUUAAAAAAAAAAAAAAAUCCCAGGAUGAAAAUGGCUAAGAGGGCAAUUUCCUCUGUGCAGGAUAAGAGAUCAGAUCAACAUUGGUGCAAUUAAUGUGUGAGGGGAGAGAAGGAAAGCAGGCCGGGCAGUAUGGGCGCUGGUGGCAUCCGGGCUGGCAGAGGCGGCAGGAUUAAUCUCAAGGUCAGACCGAGCGGUGGGUGACCUUGUGGCGCCUGAGCCAGCUGGACGCUGGUGCCUUCUUCCAAUUCGAGGCCUCGCCCCACCGCCCCGGUACCCGCGCUGCCCUGGGAACCCCGCUCUGAGGCCUUCCUGGCACAAGCCCUGGACUCAGGCUGGGAGACACCUGGUGGGCCCCGACUUGUGCUGCCUUGGCCCCAGAGGGGGUGAGGGAACUCCCAAGGCCCGUCCUUCAGGCAGUUGGGAAAUCUCUCCCUGCCCACUUGAAUACUCAGGAUUCUGGGUGCCUCCCUAGGGCUUUCCCUUUUCCCUCGGGAUUCACUCAUUGGAGUGGAGAGCACAUCGCCCGAGCCCUCAUCAGCCCUUCAGGGCCACCUGUAUCCUCUACUCCACCCACCUGGGCUCCUUCAGCCCUGUGUCCACCAUGUGCAGUUUAGGUGGGCCUGGGAGUGGAGCCUCCAGACAAAUUGGGCAGGACCGAGGGUGCCAGUGAGGUUCUUCCCACAAGAGGGCGCCGCAAGGCAAGGACCCAGCAGUUGCCUGCCCCGGUUGGGGGUGUAGGGUUGGUGGGGGAGUCUCAGUUUUAUUGUACAUUCCAGGCUGCUUGCCUCAGAGCGUCCACCCUUGGAGUCCAGCAGGUCUGGCUAAGGCAGGCACAGGUGCUACUUUCAGCGUUUCAACAAGUCACCAGAGAGUGUACCUGUAUCUGAAACUGGCCCUCAGGGCCCUUAGCUUAUGGCUGGAAUAGCGUCUCGCUGUCAGCUUUGCACUGUGGUUAUAUCUCCAAUUAAAUAAGAGUGGAAGGCAAAGGCAUUUUUCAUACAUGUUCUUUGUUUGAUAGACAACACCUUUCCAGAUGUCGGAUCCAGGGAGAAAAUUAUUUUUAAAAACGUGGAGUGGAUAAGUUGAGCUUCUGUGAAAGCAGGGAUGGACUUGACCACACCCCUUCCUCCCAGGCCUUUAGAAUGAACAAAAGUGUGAAAAGAGAAUGGGGUCUGAUGGAAAGGGAGUCCAAGCUAGGGGAAGGACAAGCAGCUGUAGCCCCCUUGGUCCUACAUGGGGCCCAAAGCUAGAGCCAGGGUGCUGGGGGGCGGAGACUGUUACGGGCAAGGAUGCAGACAGCACCCAGUCCCUCAUCCCAACAUCCUCAGCUCCAGUUCCUUCCUGCAUUUGCCUGUCUUUACCACAGGCCAGCCUCUGGCCCCUUGUACAGUGAGGGAGCGGGGAUCCGGGCCCACAGAGACAUGUUCACAGAUAUGCACACACAGGAAGGGGGGGUUUCUGUCCCUGCCAUCUGCUGGGCCUUUCCCCUUCCAGUUCAGACAAGGCCAGGAGUUUACUGUGACCCUGCCUCGCUGGCCCAGGGGCAGCACUGGUUCUCUGUUUCUUACUGGCUACCUCUUCAGCCUUGGCAAACCCAAACCCAAACCAAACCCAAUGCCAUCGAGUCAAAGUCCUGAAUAUUCAGCCACAUCUUCUUGAGGUCUGCUCCACCGUUUAUGAACAUGGCAGAACUAGAGUGGAAGCCUGGGAGGGAAGAAGGUGGAACUCAACAUGUACUGCUAGGAAUUUCUCAAGUUUCCAUACCCACCAUUCUGUCAAAUCAGGGGUUCUUUACUGUCUGGGGCCACCAACUCCCAUGAGAGUCUGAUACAUACUAUGAAUCUUUUCCCCAGAAACACAUGGCUGCCUAAAAAAAGAACUCCAAGCUUAGCACUGGGGCUCCCACCCACAUGUUUCCCUCAUCUCAGAGCCCAUCCCCCUCCCCCACUCCUCCAAGUCACCUUCGAAGUUGAGCAUCAAAGAAAGAGCACCUUGAUCACUUCCUGCCCCUCACCUUCUGGGACCCCCACCUCUCAGUGGUCCAGUCCCCAUUCCCCUUUCAGGCUCCUCCAGCCUCAUCUUUUUUCUUUGCUCUCUCUUUUCCAAGGUGGGGGGUGGGGAGUGGAAUUUAUACAAUAUUUAAGCAGCCAGAGCUGAGUCCGGGAAGAUAUUACUAAUGUAAAAGGGACGGGCUGCAAAUGCUUUUGGACCUGGUUACAAUUAGAGGGUGAUUUUUCUAAAGGUCAAUGAAUUCAGAUAAUAUCCACAGGGGGGAGAGAAAUUUAAUACCUUUUUAGUGAAUUAAUUAAUUAUAAUAUUAUAUCGGCUUGGGGUUCUUUUCCAGAGUGAUUAAGGGAGCGAUCCGUCUUCUGUGAGGCCGGAGAGCGGCGCCUGCUGCCUGCAAGGACCCUGUCUCGGCGCUCUGGAUGGGGGCCCU